UUAUAGUAUUGAGUGAGUGAACGCAUGGUCUGAAGGUGUUAUUAAAUUGCUUUCACUGUCGAAUAAAGCUUAGUAUGAUUGAGUAAUUAAGUUGUCACGUCCUAAUUAUGCUUGUCAAGCAUAUGUUCAGACUGCUACUCAUAAGACAUGAUAAAAACAAAUGUAUAACAAAAACAAAACCAGACCAAAAAAUGCGACCACAGUGGGAGUUCGAACCCACGACCUUUUGAUCCAAAGUCAAACGCGCUAAUCCACUGCGCUAUGCGGUCGUUCUUGCUCCUUACAUCUUUCUAGAUUUACAACAAAAUAAAAUGUGUUCUUAAUGUGAUGACACGUGAAGGGCAAGGAUGAAUCAAAGGUCUUCCUCAAUUUUCUCUGUCGUCUUUGACCACAACGAUUUAACGACCUGAAUAAUUAAUUUAUCGUUGUGUAACAACUUAAAAAAAAAAAGAAGUCUAGAACUUAUCUCUUCUAACGAACCCUCCCUGGAUUUGGAUUCAGUGGUAGGUUCUUCAAAAAGGGGUCCCACCUUGUUCUUGAAUCCAUAAACAAGGCAAAGCGUUUCAUUAUUUAAUGUAAACAAACUCUUUUCUUCUCCCUUCAAGUUUCUUGCAAAGACAACAACAUUUGAUCAAAGAUGAGAACCAAAACCGGUUUCAGCUUCUUCUCCAAGAUCACUUAUUCCAAAAAGAAACCUUCUCCCACAAUACCUAAGAAAGGCUUGGACUCAUCAGAGAUCGACCAUACCAUCGACAACGCGGCCGAGAUCAUCGAGAAAUGGAACACGGAGUACGUUUCCACAACGAAAUUCUAUUCUCUCUUUUGCGAGAGCAAGAGAGAAGCCAAGAAGUUCAUAAACGGCGUCAAAGAUUUGCAAAAGUCAAUGGAUACGUUAAUUAAAGAAGAUCCAAACUCCGAGAACCUCCUCAGAGCUCAGAAGCUCAUGCAGAUCGCUAUGAAACGUCUCCAGAGCGAGUUCUACCAGAUUCUAUCGAUGAACCGUGCCCGUUUGGAUCCUGAAACCGGCGAGGACGUUCGUCUUGCUGGAGACUCCAUCGUUGAGGUUGAAGAGGUCUCCAGGAACUCUAUGAAGGAGCUGAAGUCCAUCGCCGAGUGCAUGAUCGCGGCAGGCUACGCGAAAGAGUGUGCGAGUACUUAUAAAUGCUUUCGAAAAUCGAUAGUCGACGAAGGGAUACACCGUCUCGGCGUCGAGAAAGUAAGCUCGUCUAAGGUGAAGAAGAUGCCAAGCGAGGUUGUUGAGGUGAAGAUGAGGAGCUGGAUCGAUGCGGUUAGCGUCUCGAUGAAGACACUCUUCAACGGGGAGAAGACACUAUGCGAUGAAGUCUUUGAAGGCUGCUCUGUCUCUCUCAGAGAGUCUUGUUUUAGAGAUAUAUCUAAAGAAGGAGCUCUGCUUUUAUUAGGGUUUCCUGAAAGUGUUGCCGUGCGAGACAAGAAAAAUCCGAACCCUAAAAAGAUUUUUACUUUACUUGAUAUGUACGGCACUAUAACUGAGAAUUUACAGGCGAUUGAGUCUAUCUUCUCGUUUCAUUCAGUGUCGGCGGUUCGGUCUCAAGCUCUCAGCUCGCUUAACCGGCUCAGUGAGUCGAUUCUAUCCCACCUGGUGGAGUUUGAGUCUGAGAUAAGGAAAGACUCGUCUAAGACGGUGGUCCCUGGAGGAGGUGUUCAUCCGAUGACUACCUCCUCCAUGGACCACCUCUCUCGCCUAGCGGAGUACAGUGGCAUUCUCGUGAAUAUCAUUGUUAAAGGAUCAUCUUCUUCCGCUAAAGCAUUGCUUCCAAAAUCUUACUUUAACCUCUCUGAAUCUGAUGGAUGUCAUCAUGGAUCUGAGGUGAGGGUGCGAUUCGCGUGGAUGGUUCUUGUCCUCCUCUGUAAGAUCGACGGCAAAGCGGAGAUGUACAAGGACUUCUCCAUGCAGUACCUCUUCUUAGCCAACAACCUCCAGCACGUGGCGUCUCGCGCACGCUCCACGGGCCUUAAGCACCUCCUCGGCGAUGAGUGGAUCGAGAGGCAUUUCGAGAAAGUAGGACAGUUCGCUAGAAGUUACGAAAGGCUCGCGUGGGAGCCACUUGCGUCGAUGUGUCCGAAGACGGAGGAGAUGUCGCCGGAGGAAGCCAAGAUGCGACUCGAAAAGUUCAGCGAAUGUUUCGAGAGCACGUGCCAGUCGCAGAGCGCGUGCGUCGUACCUGAUCAGACACUCUUGGAGGAGAUGAGAAGCUCGAUCGUGGAGAAGUUGUUGCCGGUGUAUCGUGAUUUUUACAACGCUCAUAGCAAUGCAGCUAUGUUGGCGGGAACGGAAGGUGGGUGGAAUGUCCGGUAUACCCCUGAAGAUGUGGCAAAGUACUUGUCGUCGGAGUUGUUUAACGGGAAAGGUGUUUUGGAGGAGGAGAAGUCAUGUGUGUUUCGGACAUCUUUCGGUCUUGUUACAGCUCGUAACUCUUCUCGACGAAAGAAGCGAUCUUUGUCAUGCAGAAGAUUUUGAAGGGGGAAUAUAUCUUGAAGAUAGAAUAGUGAUAGUAUUCUAUCAUUUUUAUGUUCAACCUUGAUGUGGGUUUAUUAUCUUCACGUUACUUAAAUUACGGCAUACCAUAAAUGAUAUGGUAAGCCAAUGAACAAUGUUCUCUCGUUAUAUGUAUAUGAACAUAUGAACCCUAUUUUAGAAUGCUACAAAGGAUAAAACUAACUAGCAAACUGAAAAGAAUAAAUAAAGAGAAACCAAUAGAUGGAGUUAACUAAGGGAAAAAAAAAAGGAUGGAGUUAACUACUUGAUCUUUCGUAAUAAAUCAGUGUUAUAAAAAAAAAACUACUUGAUCUUUUGAUAGAAAUAGUCGACAAUAGUUAUAACCCAUGGUUAUAAGUCCUAGUACACCAAAUCAAGUCUUUUGGUCUGAUCAACUAACAAAAAAAAUUAUUAUAUAAAAUUUUUAACUAGAUCAAAUUGGUAUCCCACUUGACAUUUAUAUUAGCAAAUAGUUAAACAGUAAAAUUGGUAUCCCACUUGACAUUUAUAUUUGCGAAGCGAACGCGAUGGUGUCGCUGACGUGUACCGUAUGAGUCGUAACUCUUAAGCAUGGCUUGGGUCUGCACCAGUCAACAUUGUUUUGUUGUGGUUCAUGAAAUGGCAUCUAAACGAUUUCAUCAAAUAAUUAACACAAAAAACAUAAUUAACUGCAUCUAAUUCAACCAAUAAAAAUUAUAUUAUAUAUUAUAAACGCUCAUAAAACACCAAAUAAAAUAUUGCAUUGAAACUUAAAAACAUUAAUUAAUAUGGAAAAACUAUUCUUAAAACAUUAUUUAAAAUAAAAUAUAUAUGAAGAAAUAAGUUAAGAAAAAAACCUUGAGACAGUAAUGUCAGUGCUCUCUCGUGUGAUAUCAAUCAAACCAUCAUAGUAAUUUUUGAAACUACACCGAUCAAUCCAAAUGUUGCUUGAUUUACUAAGAUAAUUAUAUUUUGGAUUUCUGAUUACAGUUUUUUAAACAGAGAAGUAAAUAACUUUUUCUAAAAAAAAAAAGAAAGACCAAUAAUCCAAGAAAUGUAUAAAUAGUUGAAAGUGUGAAAUCUUGAAUUUACAAUUGACGUGACAAACUGGACCAUUAAGUCCACCAACGGCGGCUAGACCGAAACCCCUCAGCCUUUCCGGCGAGGGAGCGGAGGCUACAGUCUACAUGGCAAUAAGGGUCCAACGUCAUUUGGGGACCAGAUGGUGCAGAUGAAGAUGGUGGGUAAGUGGCUUUGGGGGUUUCACCGGCGUGAUGGGAUCUGCGAAGGCCAUGCAAGUUUCCCAUCACUAUUUAUAACAUACAUAGAAUUUAAUUCCGAACAG